AUGGGCUCAAUCGCACCAGAACAGGAAAUGAGCUGGCAAAAUAUCGCCGCCCGGAAAAGAGAAGAGCGUCGAGCUGCCAUCCCAAAGAACUGGCUGCUGCCUUCCGCAAUCCUGGACUCGUUGUCUUUUCCUCUGGACAAGAACCCAAACAACUUGCUCGCCUUGGAUAUUCCGAGAAAGUCAGGCAUCUUGACCGACCAUGAGUUGGACAUCACAGAGAACUAUACCGUUGCUGCUCUCCUCGGCAAACUAUCGUCAGGGGAAUUCUCCUCUGUUGAUGUGACGACCGCCUUCUGCAAGAGGGCUGCCAUCGCACAGCAACUGACAUUCUGCCUUACGGAAACGUUCUUUGACGAGGCCAUCGACCGAGCCAAAUCUCUUGAUGAGCAGAGAGCCAAGGGAGAGAAACUGGGCCCAUUGCACGGUCUACCGAUAAGCAUCAAAGACGGUUUCCAGGUCAAGGGACAGGAAGCCUCGAUUGGUUAUGUUUCAUUUCUGGGAAAGAAAUCGACGGCCAAUUCACCACUGGUCGACAUCCUCCUGAGUCUGGGCGCUGUGCUUUAUGUGAAGACCAACAUUCCUCAAACACUCAUGACUGCUGAUUCCGACAAUAACAUUUUCGGACGUGCUUUGAAUCCACACAACACGGCACUCAAUGCCGGGGGUUCGAGCGGAGGAGAAGGCGCGUUGGUAGCCUUUCGAGGUUCCCCCGUGGGUGUUGGCACCGAUGUCGCAGGUUCAAUUCGCAUUCCUUCACUAUGCUGUGGUACCUAUGGUUUCAAACCGACAAGUUCUCGAAUCCCGUACGGGGGCCAACAGGUCCCCUCGCUCGCAGGCUGGAAACCCAUCACUGCUUCCGCCGGACCCCUUGCCAACGAUUUUGAGGCCCUCGAAAUCUUCACCAAAGCAGUCCUCGACACCACCCCUGCACUGCUCGACUCUACGGCUAUCGAUGUUCCCUGGCGCAGGCUGGGCCCGAACACGAAGUCCAAACUUAGGAUUGGUGUUUUGCCAGAGGAUCCUGUGUAUCCGCUGCAACCUCCAAUCAAGCGGGCCUUGGCUGAGGCUGCCAAAAAGCUUCAAGCAGCUGGUCAUGAACUAGUGCAACUAACAUCUGCUGAAGGCCAGGUUGCGGAUAUUAACGAGGUGGCAUGCGAGCUCUUCGUCCUCCAUACGGAGACAUCCCAGCAGUUUAUAGAAGCGAGCGGUGAGCCUCCGGUACCGUCUGUCGCCGCACAGUUUGGACCUGGUAAUGCCGGGCAGUACAACUUCGUCCCGAAGCUAGACGGACUUGAUUUCGUCCGUAAAUAUGCUCUUCUCUCGGUGAAGAGACAAGAACUGUGUGAGAACUGGCGAACCAUUUGGUUGGAGAAAAGAUUGGACGCAGUCCUUGCGCCUGCUGCACAAAACACUGCCGUUCCCCAUGACACUUUUGGUUGGCCGGCUUUUACGGCUUUCCUGAAUGUGCUUGAUUAUCCGGCAUGUGUAAUACCUUUCGGAACGGCGUCGAAAGAACUGGAUCCACAGCCAACGAAGGUGCAAGCAGGACAAGGCGGCCCAGAUUAUGACCCUGAACUGAUGAAUGGUGCACCUUGUUCGGUCCAAAUUUUUACGAGCCGGAUGCGAGAUGAAGAGUGUUUGCAAGUGGCAUCAAUCAUCGACGAAUGCUUGAAGCGAACUUAG